CAUCCCUGCAGUCUGGGACUUGGCGGAGGGCGUCCCCACUCGGGGGUGGGCAGAGGACCCGCCCUGACCUAGCCUGGCCCAGUCUAGUCCUGCUGGGCCUGAGCGCCCCGCCCAGGAGCCGGCUCUGAGGCGGGGGCCACUGGGGUCCCAGAGCGCGGCCGCCAUGGACAAGAUCCUGGAGGCGGUGGUGACGUCGUCGUACCCGGCGAGCGUGAAGCAGGGGCUGGUGCGGCGCGUGCUGGAGGCGGCGCGGCAGCCGCUGGAGCGGGAGCAGUGCCUGGCGCUGCUGGCGCUGGGCGCGCGCCUCUACGUGACCGGCGCCGACGAGCUGCCGCGCCGCGUGGGCUGCCAGCUGCUGCACGUGGCGGGCCGCCACCACCCCGACGUCUUCGCCGAGUUCUUCAGCGCGCGCCGCGUGCUGCGCCUGCUGCAGGGGGGCGCCGGCCCGCCGGGCGUGCGCGCCCUCGCCUGUGUGCAGCUCGGCCUGCAGCUCAUGCCCGAGGGGCCCGCGGCCGACGAGGUGCUGGCGGUUCUGCGGCGCGAGCUGUUGCGCACCGUGUGCGAACGCCCGGGGCCCGCGGCCUGCGCGCAGGUGGCGCGGCUGCUGGCGCGGCACCCGCGCUGCGUCCCCGAAGGCCCGCACCGCCUGCUCUUCUGCCAGCAGCUGGUGCGGUGCCUCGGCCGCUUCCGCUGCCCGGCUGAGGGCGAAGAGGGCGCCGUGGAGUUCCUGGAGCAGGCCCAGCAGGUGAGCGGGCUCUUGGCGCAGCUGUGGCGUGCGCAGCCCGCCGCCAUCCUGCCCUGCCUCAAGGAGCUCUUCGCGGUCAUCUCCUGCACAGAGGAGGAGCCUCCAUCCAGCGCCCUGGCCAGUGUGGUCCAGCACCUGCCAUUGGAACUUAUGGAUGGCGUCGUUCGGAACCUCAGCAAUGAUGACAGUGUGUCGGACUCCCAGAUGCUGACUGCCAUCAGCAGGAUGAUCGACUGGGUGUCCUGGCCCCUGGGGAAGAACAUUGACAAGUGGAUCAUUGCACUGCUGAAGGGCCUGGCCGCUGUUAAGAAGUUCAGCAUCUUGAUCGAGGUUUCACUCGCCAAAAUUGAGAAGGUUUUCUCCAAGCUUCUGUACCCCAUUGUCCGGGGAGCCGCCUUGUCUGUCCUCAAGUACAUGCUCCUGACCUUCCAGCACUCCCAUGAGGCCUUCCACCUGCUCCUCUCUCACAUCCCUCCCAUGGUGGCCUCCCUGGUCAAGGAGGACUCCAACUCGGGGACCAGCUGCCUCGAGCAGUUGGCAGAGCUGGUUCACUGCAUGGUGUUCCGGUUCCCGGGCUUCCCAGACCUCUACGAGCCCGUCAUGGAGGCCAUCAAGGACCUCCAUGUUCCCAAUGAGGACCGCAUCAAGCAGCUGCUGGGGCAGGAUGCCUGGACCUCUCAGAAGAGUGAGCUGGCUGGCUUCUACCCCCGGCUCAUGGCCAAGUCCGACACGGGCAAGAUUGGUUUAAUCAAUCUGGGCAACACGUGCUACGUGAACAGCAUCCUUCAGGCCUUGUUCAUGGCUUCCGACUUCAGACACUGUGUGCUCCGUUUGACUGAGAACAACUCACAGCCCUUGAUGACCAAGCUGCAGUGGCUCUUUGCCUUCCUGGAGCACAGCCAGCGGCCUGCCAUUUCUCCAGAGAACUUCCUCUCUGCAUCCUGGACACCCUGGUUCAGCCCCGGCACCCAGCAGGACUGCUCAGAGUACCUGAAGUACCUGCUGGAUCGGCUGCACGAAGAGGAGAAAACGGGGACAAGGAUCUACCAGAAGCUCAAGCAGUCCAGCUUGCCCUCCCCACCCGAGGAGCCCCCUAGCCCAACUUCAACGUCUGUGGAGAAGAUGUUCGGAGGCAAGAUCAUGACUCGGAUAUGCUGUCUACACUGCCUCAAUGUAUCCUCCAGGGAGGAGGCCUUCACAGACCUCUCUCUUGCCUUUCCGCCCGCUGAGCGCUGUCGCCGCCGCCGCCUGGGCUCAGUGAUGUUCCCUGCAGAGGACAUUGGAGCCCGGGACCCCCCAUCGCCAUCCCGAGGCCAGCUUCCAAGCAGGGCGGGUCCUCGGAGGCAGAGGAAACACUGCAUCACAGGGGGUGCCCCCCCAGCUGUCCUGGACAUUGAAGGCUUGGGCCCCCAGGGACCCUGGGAGCAGAGAAGUCAGGAGGAGAAAGUGGAGAAGGAGGAGGAAGCGAAGGAGGAGAGAGUGGAGGAGAAGGAGGAGAGAGAGGAGGAGAGAGAAGAGGAGAAGGAGAAAGAGGAGAAGGAGAAAGACAAAGAAGCGGAGGAGGAGAAGGUGGAGAAGGAGAAGGAGGCUGAGAACGAAAAGAAGAAGGCAGAGGACAGCCUGGGACCAGGGACCAACAGGGCUGCUGCCACCUCCCCUGGGGAGGGCUCCCGCUCCGUGUUGGACCUGGUCAACUACUUCCUGUCCCCUGAGAGGCUGACGGCAGAGAACCGCUACUACUGCGAGUCGUGCGCCUCCCUGCAGGACGCCGAGAAGGUGGUGGAGCUGAGCCAGGGGCCGCGCUACCUCAUCCUGACCCUCCUGCGCUUCUCCUUCGACCUGCGCACCAUGCGGCGCCGCAAGAUCCUGGACGACGUCUCCAUCCCCCUGCUGCUCCGCCUGCCGCUGGCCGGGGGCCACGGCCAGGCCUACGACCUCUGCAGCGUUGUGGUGCACUCUGGAGUGUCCUCGGAGAGCGGUCACUACUACUGCUAUGCCCGCGAGGGCGCUGCCCGCCCAGCCCCUUCCGUGGGCACUGCCGAGAGGCCCGAGCCCGAGAACCAGUGGUAUCUGUUCAACGACACUCGGGUGUCCUUCUCCUCCUUCGAGUCUGUCAGCAAUGUCACCUCCUUCUUCCCCAAGGACACGGCUUACGUGCUCUUUUACCGGCAGCGGCCCGGGGAGGGGCCUGAGGCUGAGCCAGGCUCUCCCCGAGUCCGGGCGGAGCCCACCCUCCACAAAGACUUGAUGGAAGCCAUUUCCAAAGACAACAUCCUUUACCUGCAGGAGCAGGAGAAGGAGGCGCGGAGCAGGGCAGCCUACAUCUCUACACUCCCCUCAUCUCCGCGUUGGGGGAGGGGCUUUGACGAAGACAAGGAUGAGGAUGAAGGCUCUCCCGGGGGCUGCAACCCUGCAGGUGGCAAUGGUGGUGACUUCCACAGACUGGUCUUCUAAUGUGAACCCUCCCUCACCUGCUCCUACCUGUGGGGGUGCCACAACCAACCUCAGGGGAGGCCUUGACCCCUUCCUUCUGGGAGCAGGUGGGGGCCCAGGUCCUGGCACGGGUGCUCUGCCAGGUGGGGUCUGAGGGAGGCUGUGGAGGCCAGUCCAGUCCUGAAGGCGGGCCUUUCCAAGGGCAAGAAGGAUGGAGAGGAAGCUUCUGGGACAGUGGUCCCCGGCAUGAAGGGUACACGGAGACUCAGCUAUAGAGGUGGGACCCAAGCCCCUUAAACUGGGCCUCUGGCCCUGACACCGGGAUCAACCCCAUUAAGAUUUUUGCACCCAAGUGUCCUGGUCAACUUGAAGCAGCUUCGAUGGACACACUCUGGGCCUUGUCUUCCCCCGUCCCCCCGCAGGCUCCCUAACAGAGCUGAACGUCACAGCUCUAGUGUUUCGCCAUCAAGUAGCAUUUCCCUGCUGGCUCCUUUGAGACAAUCCUGUUGCUCAGUAGUCAAGAGCAGGCUGCAAGUCCUUGCACAAAGACGGGGCUGUGUGUCACACCUCUGGCUGCCACCUUGUUUCUCUGAGGGGGUUUCAGAGGCCACAUGGGUGGGUGCCUGCACCGCUGUACUGUUUGUUUUUGAGAGGAAUGUAGGGGGAAGCAGCCUGGCACACGCUCAGAGACUGUCUCCCCAACACCAAGCAACACUGCGUAGAGGGGAGGGCAGCGCCCCUCACAGUGGGAGGCCCCAGCGCCCCCUCCCCUAGCCUGCCUCAGUGCCUGAGAUGCCACCAUUUGCAUCCCCAUUCUGGUUAAGAUAGAGUGUCCUUAUUUUACUGCACAUAUGUUUGUGUUUCUCUGGAAGCCAUCCGCCAUCCUCCAUCCUGAGGAACGCUGGCUGGCUCAGCUCCUCGUCACUUGGCCAUUAGAGCAGCCUAGGGGGCUGGCCGGGGUGGUCUGGUGAGGAGCAGAUAUUGACCUCAUUGUGCCCUGACACUGCUGUACCCCUUCUGAAUGGAGAGAAGAGACCCAGGGUC